AUGACGGACAGCUUCAAGAAUGCGAUGAUCAACCGGGCGCUCGGCGACAUCAAGAAUAACCUCCAAUUCCUCGUCGAAUCAAACGUGCUCAGCUCGGCGCAACACGAUGCCAUAUCAUCGCAACUGCCCGUCUCAGCCGAGAACAGCGCGCGCGCCCUCCCCGUUGUGCCAACGCAGCAACUGGCGCAGAUGAGCGUGCAAAGCUCGCCAACACCGCCGCCAGAGAAGAAGCACAGCAACGUCGGCUACUACGCCGACACGACGACGACGACGACCAACGCCCCGCCGCCUGCCUACCCCUCUGUGCCCGCCGCGCCUGUUGGACCUCCCGUGCUCGCCUACGCCUCGGCCAUGUACCAGUAUAACGCGCAGGACGCGGGCGACCUGGCCCUCAUGCCCAACGACAAGGUCGUCGUCACAGAGUAUAUGAACAACGAGUGGUGGAAGGGGCGUAACGAGCGCACGGGCAUGGAGGGAAUCUUCCCCGCUAGCUAUGUACGCAAGGAGGAAAAGGCCGUUAUGCCCGCUUACACGCCUUCUGCUACUCCUGCGCCUAGCAACUACGGCAAUAUGCCACUGGAUGUGGCGUCGGGUGCUCAGGCUCAGCAGCAGCCGGCGGGUGAGCCCAGCAAGAUGGAGGCGAAUGGCAAGAAGUUUGGCAAGAAAUUGGGCAAUGCUGCCAUUUUCGGUGCAGGUGCGACUAUUGGUGGCAAGAUUGUUAAUGGGAUAUUUUAACGCUUACCCGUCUUUACAGGUGCUACGAUUGGAGGGAAUAUUGUCAACUCCAUCUUUUGAGAGGGAGUUGGGUGAGAAGUCUUGGGUUGAGUUGGUAUAUGGGGACUUUGUGAUUGGCGUUUUUAGGUCUUUGGGGAGGGGACUCAUCUUUUCCUGUUUGGUAUUUCUUCUAGGUUACCUGUCGCGAUGAGAGGCCAAAUAAUUAUGACGUUUACUUGAUCAA